AUGGAAAGUAUGUCUGAGGGUCAACAGCCACCGAUGGUGGGUAUUGAGUUGGCAGCCACUCAGCCUCCGGCUACUGCAGCGCCUAAUGCUCAACAAGUACCCGCAAAAAAGCAGAAGUGCCGCUUCUUUACUUCCCGUAAGGGUUGCCGGUCUGGCAAUGCCUGUCGUUAUCUCCAUGAUACUUCCACACUUGACCAAACCCGUUCACCGCCAGAUAACGCUGUCGACCAAGCCAAUCGCGCAUCACAGAGAGAAGACCCUGUACAAGAUGUAGCCACCGAUCUAGGAAACCUGUCCAUGAGGCCACGACCAGUCUCCAAGCCACCAGUCGUUUCAAAUCCUACGCCUGCUCAAAGACCAGUCUCCACAGCUGAGAGCGAAAACCCACGGGAAUUCCAGAUCAACCAAUUGCGGCGACGCUUCCGCCCAAAGGAGACCAAUGAUGAUUCCGGGACAACAAUGGAGCUUGAGCUGGCCCCUUCAGACCCUGAUUUCCCGUUUGAGAUGGACAAGCUGCAAUGUACCUUAUACGUUCCGCAAUCGUAUCCUGCACAGGCAAAACCCAAGCUUAAUGUUACCAAUGCUGAUAUGGACAAAGCCUUUCAAGAUAAUGUGGCGAGGGGCUUUGACGACAUCGUGGAUACUUCGAUGCGGAUGAAUAAUCGGGGAACUUUGCUUGCAUGGAUGAACAGUCUUGACCGGCAAUUGGAGCGUUUACUCACGACAAUAGUAGAAAGAGGACCCACUAUCAAAUUUGUUGCGAACGUUGGCAGCAGAGAAGCGCCAGGGAGUCAACAACCAGCGCAGGGACAACAGAUGGUUACCAGCGUCUCAGAACAAGUUCGAUCUGCUCCAAGGACGCAGCCAGUAGCUGCGCCAGCACGUAUGUUCACUGCAGAGGAGAAAGCACAGGCUGAGAAGAGACGGGAAACUGAGACUAAACAGCUGGAUGCUCGUCUCGGUAGACUGCCACUGUUCCAGAGAUCCGGGGACGGGCUUUCAUAUACCGUGCCCGUUCAACCGACCAAGGCAGAUCGACUUCCUGCUUCGCUCCGUUCCAUCAAGACGGUGAAUCUCGAAGUACCACAGUUAUACCCCUUGGAGCCUAGUACGAUCAAAUUACUAGGCGUCGUCGGCCCUGAAGCUCAAGCCGUUGAAAUUGGUUUUGCGAAAUGGACUGGGGAGAACAGCAAACUCAACCUGAUGUCGCAAGUCAACUACCUGACAAGCAACAUGCACAACCUUGCAAAGACACCACUUGAAUCGAAACUCGCUCCAGCACCGGUCGAGAAGCCUGUACAUGAAGAACCCCAGCAGCCACAGGAUCCGUUUCCGGAGCCUGUGGCUGGAUUAGAAGAUAAACCUCACGUUCAUGUUAUCCCACGACCUCCGGAAUGGUCGAUUCCUAAAAACGACGGCGAUGGCGAGGAAGACUCCAGUGACCUUACGGAUUCUGAGGUGUACUCGGAGGACGAAGAAGAUGGAGGAGCCCCUGUCACGAUCUCAGAGCUCAACACGGCGGAACGUGGUGUUGCACUGUCUUUUCCGUUCUUGGAGCUCUACGGAAUCGAGCUUUUGGAACUCAUGGGUCUCUACAUUACGAUACGAUGCGAGCGGUGCAAGGAAACGCUUGAUGUGAAGAAUAUCCCUCAAGCGAAGGAUAACAGCGACGCGUACACACCCAAGGCUGAAACAUGCAAGAAGUGUGCUAAUGCGAUGAGUGUUGGAUUCCGACGACAACUGAUGCAUCCUCAUUCAAACCGCGCGGGAUACUUGGAUUUGGAUGGAUGUACCGUGGUUGAUCUACUUCCCAGCAACUUCGUCCCAACAUGUGCGGAAUGCUCCACGACGUUCCCCGCACCAGGUAUUGCUUCGGUCCGUGGCGAGAGCUCGACUGCUAUGUGUCGUCAGUGCCAUCGAAAGAUGGUGAUGAAGAUACCCGAGGUGAAAUUCCUUAGAAUUGCGUCUGCCGCAGUUACAUCUCGCGAUCGUGCCCCACGACGGAAGCCCAAGGAGGUCCUUGGUAUCGUCGCUGGCCAGGAAUUGCCACGACGGGGGCGUUGCACGCAUUAUGCAAAGAGUUACCGUUGGUUCCGAUUCAGUUGCUGCGCAAAGGUUUUCCCUUGCGACAAAUGCCACGACGCAGAAACAGACCAUCCCAACGAACACGCAAACCGCAUGCUCUGCGGCUUCUGCUCGCGCGAACAAAUCUACCGCCCCGAGAACUGCGGCAUCUGCCACGCGAUCCUCAUCGGGAAAGCAGGAAGUGGGUUCUGGGAGGGUGGAAAGGGGACGAGAAAUCGGGUGUUGAUGAGUCGGAAGGAUCCGCGGAAGUAUAAGCGUCGUGGGGGUACGACGGCGAAUGCGUCGAAGAAGAAGUAG